GGCAGGCGACGCCAUAUAGCCUCAGCAGCUGAAAUCGUUGCCAUUGGCCUGAACACUAAAGCUGAGGCACCAAUGGCCAGCUCGGUCUGCUCGGACCGACCGCUGUCCUCCGCUGAGCAGCAGCUGGCGGAGGUGAUCAGCGAGCUGCAGUCAGUUGACGCCAAGAUCGCUGAACUUCAGGAAUGGCGCCGCCUGCUGACAGAGAAACAGUCGCGGAUUCAGGAUCAGCUGACCGAGCGGCGUACUGCCCGGUUGGCUGGCCAGGAUUGGGAGACACAGGCAUUCCCAUGGUCGGAUCGCCUGGCGGCGCUGCUGCGCGACAAGUUCGGCAUCGAGUCGGGCUUCCGUCCGCACCAGCGGGCCGCCAUGAAUGCCUCGAUGUCUGGCCACGACGUGCUGCUGAUCAUGCCGACCGGCGGCGGCAAGAGCCUGUGCUUCCAGCUGCCGGCGCUGGCGUCGGUCGGCGUCACGCUGGUGGUGACACCACUUGUCUCCCUGAUGGAAGACCAGGUGCUGGCGCUGCGGCGGCGAGGCAUCGCCGCCGAAACGCUCAAUGCUGGCUGCGCGCGUAAGGAGGUUACCCGGGUGAUGGCCGCCAUGGUCAACCCUGACUCCGACAUGCGCCUGCUGUACGUCACGCCGGAGAAGCUGGCCAAGAGUAAGCGGUUCAUGACCAAGCUGCAGGUGAUGCACAGAAUGAAGCGGUUCGUUCGGCUGGCGAUCGACGAGGUGCACUGCUGCAGCCAAUGGGGUCAUGACUUCCGUCCCGACUACAAGUUCCUCGGCAUCCUAAAGGACCAGUUUCCUGACGUGCCGAUCAUGGGUCUAACUGCCACGUCCACCUCACACGUGACGCGGGACGUGCAGAAGAUGCUCAAAAUUCCCGAGGCGAUCGUGUUCAAGGCGGCCUUUAACCGGCCAAACUUGUUCUACGAGGUGCGACCGAAGCCGGCAAAGGGGGAUGACGGUGUGCAGGAGAUUGUGAGACUGAUCUCCUCAAAGUACAGCGGCCAGUCCGGCAUCAUCUACACUACUACCAUCAAGGACACGGAGGAGCUCGCGCGUAAGCUGCAGGCUGCCGACAUACCGGCGGCGGCCUACCACGCCAGCCUGGAGCCGACCGCACGGUCAAACAUCCAUCAGCGCUGGCUCGCCGACCGAGUCAGAGUGGUCGUAGCCACCAUCGCCUUCGGCAUGGGCAUCGACAAGCCGGACGUGCGCUUUGUGAUCCACCACUCGCUGUCCAAGUCGCUGGAGAACUACUACCAGGAGAGCGGCCGGGCGGGCCGCGACGGUCGUCCGGCCGAUUGCAUCGUCCUGUUCCGGCUGCAGGACGUGUUCGCGCUGAGUGUGAUGGUGUUCACGGACGCCGUCGAGGGCCUAGACAACCUGUACACCAUGCUGCGCUACUGUCUGGCGGCCGACAGCUGCCGGCGGCGAUUCAUCGCCGAUCACUUCGAGGAGCGCUGGACGGCGGCCGACUGCGCGCAGCAGUGCGACGUGUGCUGCCGGCGGACGGGCACCGCUCAGCUGGACAUCACGCGCCACGCCCGGGCGCUGGACAGAGUGCUGGCGCAGGCGGCGGCCGCCGACAAGCGGCUGACGGCGCCGAUGCUGAUCGAGGCCUGGCUGGGCCGCGGCCCGCCCGCCCUGCGUGUUUCAGGCCAGCCGGUGCCGGUCCUGAGUCGCGAGCGUGCCGAGGCGGUCGUAGCGUACCUGCUGACCGAGGCGUACCUGAAGGAGGACUUCAGCUUCACGCCGUACCGUACCAUCAGCUACCUAGUGGCCGGCCCGAAGGCGGGCGAGUUCCCAGUGCGGAUGACGGUGGCCGAUCCGGCCGCGCCCGCCGCCCACCAACCGGCCAAGCGGACCGCCGGCGACGCGGGCCCGGCCGCCAAGCGGGGCAAGGUGCAGCCGGCGGCGGCAGCGCGCGACGCGGUCGUCCCUCCGAGGGGCCGCAGUCCGGCCGUCGCUUCGGAUCGUCGCGGGUCACACGCCGGCGCGGUGUCAGUGGCCCGGGCACAUGGCCGCACUGUGCCAGCGCCUCCAUCGAAAGUGGCAGCGUCCAGUGCUGCAGCGGCCGCCGCCCAGCCGGUGGUUAUAGAGCUUGAUCCGUGAGGCUCUGCACUCGCGUCACCUACGGUGCGCCUGGAAGGGAAUCAACCAUGCGCGCUUGCCAGUGUUAGCUGAGCUUGCACACCGAUUGUGAUCUGGAAUGAUUGCGUGCUCAAUUGAAUGAUUUUUAUUUGAGCAGAUGCCCGUCCCAUUGAUCGCUUGUACUGCUUGCUUUGGCGUCGCGUGUCGGCUUCUGCUUUGUAUUGUUGUUUGCACGCAUAUUGCAUUUUGAUAUUGUGACAUUCCACAUUACGAUUUGAUGCGUCCGUGCUGCCGCCCGUGGGCUGCUGAAUAUUAAUGGGGCUGUACGACGCACUCAGCCGCUGAGGCUAUGUGGCAUCGCCUGCGACUCACCCUGGCACGAAGGGCGAGAGGCAGCCAUACAAUACAGGUAACCGAAACCCGUGCCUCCGGUUCCCAGGAGUGGUCCACAUUUCUAGGAGGCUUCAUAUUGAAAACGCUAUUCUGAAGAUCAUUCGGUGCAGUGUACAGUUCUGGCCUUCUCGGGAUGUAUGCCUUUCGCCGCUAUCUCUUCCCUCGAAAGCAACUGUCUUUUUCUCAGCCAGGAGAAGUCGUUAUUAGAGAAGCAUGGGAACUUGAUGGUCGUCCAUGCAAGCAUAACUGAACCCCCGGUGGUUUUUAUUCGUUCAUGCAAACGUGCUGGCACCUAUGAAUUCUGAUGCCUCAGCAAUAUCCGAUCGCAACGAGACGAAUGGGGUGUGUUUGACAGCUCGCAAUCGUCGCCUCACACCGAGUUUCCUUAAGGCUUUCAAACAUUCGGUCUUGACGUUCGUUCCACGAGCAAAAGGCCUGGCC